AUGGCUCGCUCACUUCGCACGAAAGUUCUCAGUCGAGAAGGGGAAUUGGAAGCUCUGAACGAACAACUAAGAGGCCUGCAUGCUCGGAUCGAGAAGGACAAAUACGUCAAGGCGAACUUGGAAUUCGACGUUCGGCGUAAGGGGAAUGCGUCGAGCUGGAAGAAUGUGUACAAGUUCCAAGGGCUAGACUUUCCGACGCUUCACCUAUUGAACGACCCGAAUCGACCCUUAUGGGUGGCCCAACCCCAAUAUUUUGUAUCCCGAUCGUUUUCGCCGCUUCCGGUCAGCAAUCAUCCUGUCCUUCAAGCCGCCUGGCAAUGUCUCGGGUCGGACGGAUUCGAUGCUCAAGCUACGAUUGUACGUCGUUGUCAGUUGCUGGUCUUAAGUGAGCUGCGAAAGGAAUUUCAAGUCUCGCCCGAGGAGAUUGCCAGAUUUUUGGCUCCAUAUGUUCCGGAAAGCCAGCGGCCGUCUUUCCUGACAUACGUGAAGAGCCUGUUGCGCGCCGCAGCACGGUACGACGUAUGGGAAUCGGAUCUGGGACUCGGGGUGGUCGUGGUCUUGGGAAAGGUGUUACCCCGGGAUUUCUGGGAAUGGAGAGUUCCAAAGUCCGGGCAGGCUCAUGAUAAAGUGAUUGAUUAUCUGCUCGGGACACCGCUACCGGUUCUGGCGGCGCAAAACAAGGAUCUGCGGGAUGCCGUGAUUAACCACCUGGAGGCAACCGUCCAAGGCGCAGUAGCGACUUAUGCGGUCCAGGUCAGCAAUCUGCUAUGGAACGAUGGAUUGGCCAAUGCCGCCCUAGACGAACAGCUGGUUUAUUCUGCCUCAUCCAGCCGCCUUCUUCUCCCAGAUCCCCACCAGGCAAACGAACCGCUCACCAAUGACCACGUCGGGGACCCGAUCGAUAGUGCCCGAGUCUUUGACGAAAUGGUGUGA